AUGCAAUACUAAUAACAACGCAUUUCAACUACUCAAGAGUAUAAAUAUACUUCACAAACCAAAAGCGCAAGGACUAACACUCCUAAAACCCCCCAUAGUCCUUAUGAAUUCUCUUUAGAUUCAAUUAGAUCAUCUCAAGAAAAUAGAUCAUCUAAACUAACUCCUGAAAUUAGUCAAUUCUUGAUGGCUUGUGAAAUUGAAAGACUCUCAUCUGAAAAUGAUAAACUAAAAUUCAGAAUCAAAGAAAUGUAAGACAACUCAUAAGAUAAGCAUCAUUUAGAACUAUAAAUCAUUGAUUUAACUAAUAGAUUAAAAGACAUAUCAAAUAUUAUUGAAAUAUACAAAUAUGAAAAAUCUGAAUUAAUCAUGUAAACUACAACAUUACAAAAAGAAAUUUAAUUUUAGAAACAAUAACAAACAGAUUUUUAUGAAAGUCGAAUAUCUAAUCUCUUAAAUGAAGUUGAAAAUCUUACGACCUAAUUAAGAGAAUUUGAUGCUCUUAAAUUUGACGAAAUUUAAAUACUAAGAAACGAAUUAGAAUUUGCAAUGAAGACUGAAAUUGUAACAUAUAAUCUAUAGUAUAUUAGGAAAAGAAAAAACAGAAACAAGAACUCAAUUCUUAAUUUUAAAGAGAAUUUCUCGAAAAAGAGUUGAAAAAGUGGAAAGAUUUGUGUAAUCAAAAGCAACAAGAGAAUGAUGAUCUCAAAAAUACAAUCUUUUAGAAGGAACUCAGUUAGUAAAGAGAACUAGAAAAUUAAUUAUUAUCAUAUAAAAAUGAAACAGAAAAGAUCAAUAAAGUAUUGGUCUCUAGAUAAGAAGAUAUUGAAAUUUGGAAGUAAAAAUAUUUGAAACUUCAAAAUAUCAAUGAUGAUUACAAAAAAUUAUAAAUUGAAAAUCAAUAAUUUCUUGAUAAAUUUAAAACCUAAGAACAAAAGAUUACUCUAUUUACUAGUUAAUUAAAUUAAUACCGAUAAUAAAUUGAAAAUGCAAAUGCUCGUAAUCUGUUGAGUUUUAUUCUUAGUCAUUUUGGCUGAAAAAAAUAAAACUAGUUAAAUAUUUGAUUAAUUAGCCGAGACGGACAAAAAGAAAUCUGAAUUUGAGAACAGAUACAAAAACCUUUUGCUUGAAGUUGAUAAACUAAAUGAAAUUAAUAAAUCUAAGGAACAACUUGCAAUAACUCAAAAUAUCAAGUAAGAUCAUCUUCUAUUUAUUCAAGGAUAGAAGAAUUUCAACAUUCACUCGUUUAGUAUCGUUCUUUAAAUGAAGAAAAAGCAUAGGAAGUAGAAACUCUUCGCAAAUUUAUAAUUAAGUUAUAACAACAAAUAGUGUAAUUAGAAGAAUAAAUUGAUUAACUUAAAAGAUUCUAGGAAAAUGUAAAAAUACCUCUAAGUUUAGUGUCGAGUCUUGUCAAUAGAAAUUGAUAGACUGAAUUAAGAAAACAAGGAGUAGGAUCUAGAGUUGAGAUAAUGGAGAAUGCAAUAUGCUGAUUAGGGAUUCAUUAUAAAGAAACUCUAAGAUUAACUUUGUGUGAUAGUAGUGCUAGUAAGUGAGAUUGAGAGUCUAAGAUCAAGAUUAUUAGAGAAAGAUUUAGAAUUAGAAGAUGCUAGAAGAUCUAGUCUUGCUCCUUAUAAAAUAUGA